AUGGAUGGAUCAACAAAAGAAUCUUCUAAACGAAAUGCUAGUCGUGUAAAUUCAACUGAUGAAAAUUAUGAGAGUGUCAUAUUCGUUUGGUUUAAUCCUCAAGAUCAAUCAAAUGUGAAUAUAGUUGGACCACUUCGUGCUAUUAAUCAUAAUGUCCAAACAUUUAAUGAAUCUUCAUCUUGCUUUGAAAUGAUAAGAUCUUCAAAUGAGAAGAUCUUUUUCAUAUCAUCAGUGAAUAAUAAUCAAUUGAUCUCUACUGUUCAUGAUUUUCCUGCUGUUGAAGCCAUUUUUAUUCUUGAUCCCAAUGAAGAUAUGGUGAGAGGAGAUUUUCCGAAAUUAUUUGGUGUAUUUCCUCAACAAGAAGAAUUACUUCNUGUACAAACAUUUAAUGAAUCUUCAUCUUGCUUUGAAAUGAUAAGAUCUUCAAAUGAGAAAAUCUUUUUUAUAUCAUCAAUAAAUAAUAUUCAAUUAAUUUCUACUGUUCAUGAUUUUCCUGCUGUUGAAGCCAUUUUUAUUCUUGAUCCCAAUGAAGAUAUGGUGAGAGGAGAUUUUCCGAAAUUAUUUGGUGUAUUUCCUCAACAAGAAGAAUUACUUCGACUAGUAAAAGAAGUGUUUGAUGCUUUCGAACAAGUUCAAUUAGAAGAAUUCGCGUUUGAACAAGAGAAAAUCUUUCUUUGGUCACAAUUGUGGAAAGAAGAGUUAAUCAGUCGUAAAGUGGCGUCAAACAAAGCUCCUUUCAUCGAAAUCUGCCGUCAAUAUUAUCGUGAUAAUACUCGAAUUGUUAGUUCGAUCGAAGAACUUGAAAAAUCCUAUCGACUUCCCGAAGUCAUCAAUUGGUGUUGUCGUUCUCCUUUUCCAUCGCGAUUUCUUCUUCAUGCAUUACGUUCACAUAACAAAUCUCAAUUGAAUGCAUGUCGAUUUUUAUUAUCCGAUGCCACGCGUUUCUUUCAUCAAAAUUUGAAACCAAAAUCCAGUGAUCAAGUUUAUCGUGGUAUGAAAUUAUCCAAUGAAUUACUCGAUCAAUUCGAAUCACAUAUUGGUGAACUUGUUUGUACAAGUGGAUUUUUUCUUUGUACAAAAUUACGAACAAAUGCAUUGACACUUGCAUCAUUACCAACUUAUCGACCAGAUCUUCAAUCUGUUUUAUUUAAAAUCGAUUGUGAUGCGUCAUCUCUAUUCACGGAAAUAUCAAAUAAACAAACAUCAUCAUUAAUUGUAUUUGAUCCUUGUAUGGCAUUUCGCAUUGUUUAUGUCAAUCGAGCAGAAAUGUCAGUGAUCAAAUUGAAGACGGCAGGAGACGCAGGAAAGAAAUUUGCUUUGGAUUAUAUGAAUAAUCAUAAAAACACAACAAUACCCGAAAUACUCGAUGAACUUCUUCGACCACCAACACCACCUCCUAAACCACCAACUCCUCCGCCACCUCGUGUACCAACACCACCUCCUCGAGUUUCAACUCCACCGCCACCACCUCGAGAACCAACGCCUCCACAAGAAGGACUAGUUGAAGCGGCGGACAUCGCGCCUUCGUUUGUGUCUGAUGAAGAAAUAAAAGCACAAGAAUAUGCACAAAAAGGAAAUGUCGAUUUAGCUUUAUCGACUUAUCAAAGUAUUCAACCUACAACAGCUCGUAUAUUGAAUAAAAUGGGAGAAUUAUGUGCUGUGAAAAAAGGUGAUUACGAUUAUGCUUUGUAUUGUCAUCAUCAAGCACUUAAAAUGCAGGAAGAAUCUGGUGAAGAUAUUUCGAGUACUCUCAUUCAUAUUGGAAAUGCUCAUCGUGGUCGUGAGGAAUUUCAUCUUGCUCUCAAUAAUUAUAAUCGUGCACUUGAAUUACGUCGAAAGAAUCCAAACACGAGUCCAGCAACUCUCGCCGCCAAUUUUCUCAGUAUUGGUAAAGCACAUUGGGGUCGUCGAGAAUAUCCUCAAGCAAUUACAAAUACAGAAGAAGCUUUAAUAAUACAAGAAGGUCUCGUACCUCCAGAUGAAAUUAAUGUUGGUGUAACAAUGUCUGUUCUGGGAAAUAUUUAUCGAAAUGCUGGUGAUAGUGUCCGUGCCUUGGAUUUAUGUACACGUGCACUCGAUAUUUUUCGACAUAAAUUACCGCCAUAUUCACCUACAACAGCCAAUACUUUUUAUCAAUUGGGAAAAACUCAAUCGAGUUUAGGAGCAUUGGCUGAUGCUCAACAAAGUUUUGAACAAUCGAGUAGAAUUUAUCGAAAAACUCUUCCUCCAGGACAUCCAGAUCGAAUGUCCGUGGAUAAAGAACUUCGACGUGUUACACAAUUAUUAGAACAAAACUAA